AUGUUGGAUGAGUCGAUAGGGUGUAUGCUGGGGCAGCACGGCGAGUCCGGGAAGAGGGAACGGGUCGUCUAUUACUUAAGCAAGAAGUUCACGGCCUGUGAGAUGAACUACUCUUUGCUUGAAAGAACAUGUUGUGCCUUGGUGUGGGCAGCCCAUCAUCUAAGGAAGUACAUGCUGAGCUACACCACUUGGUUGGUAUCCAAGAUGGACCCAGUCAAAUACAUAUUUGGAAAGCCCGCUCUUACCGGACGGAUCGCUCGGUGGCAGGUUCUGCUAUCAAAAUUCGACAUUGUUUAUGUCACUCAAAAGACGAUAAAGGGAAGCACCUUGGUAGAUUACCUAGCUCAACAGCCCAUCAAUGAUUACCAACCUAUACAUCCAGAGUUCCUGAAUGAGGACAUCAUGACCUUGUUUGAGGAGGGGGUGGAGGAUGAAGAUAGGGACAAAUGGAUAGUGUGGUUCGACGGCGCGUCCAACGCACUAGGCCAUGGAGUAGGGGCGGAUUUGCUUACUCCUGAUGAUCAAUGCAUACCCUUCACAGCUAGGUUUGGCUUUGACUGCAUGAACAACAUGGCUGAGUAUGAGGCGUGCGCCCUUGGGAUCCUAGUAGCAAUCAACUUCAAGGUUAAAUUGCUCAAAGCCUACAUCAAGAAGAUGAUAGAGUUCUUCUAUGACAUAUCCUUCCACCAUAUUCCUAGAGAGGAAAAUCAAAUGGCCGAUGUGCUUGCCACUCUAGAAUCCAUGAUUCAGCUGACCUCGCAUGGGGACUUGCCGAACAUCGAAUUUAGAUGUCGCAGAAAGCUCCUGCAUUGCUGCUUUAUAGAAGAGGAACAAGAUGGUAAAUUGUGGUACUUUGAUAUCAAGCGAUAUAUCGAAGACAAGGAGUACCCACGGGAGGCUUCUGACAACGACAAGAGGAUGUUGCAAAGGUUGGCAGUCGAUUUCUUCUUGAGUGGAGAUAUCUUGUACAAAAGGAACCAUGAUAUGGUUUUGCUCCAAUGUGUGGAUGUCAGGGAGGUUGAGCAGAUGCUAGGGGAAGUUCACGAGGGGUCCUUUGGAACACACACCAACGGACAUGCCAUGGCCCAGAAGAUUCUAAGGGCAGGGUAUUACUGGCUCACCAUGGAAAACGAUUGUUGUAUCCAUGUGAGAAAGUGCCACAAGUGUCAAGCAUUUGCCGACAAUGUCAUUGCUCCGCCUGUGCCCUUGUACAUCUUGGCGACACCUUGGCCAUUCUCUAUGUGGGGAAUAGAUGUGAUUGGGGCUAUUCAGCCCAAGGCUUCGAACGGACAUCACUUCAUUUUGGUUGCGAUCGACUACUUCACCAAAGGGCUUGAAGCUGCUUCAUAUGCUCAUGUGACAAGGAGUGUGGUGGUCAGGUUCAUCAAGAAGGAGAUAAUCUGCCGGCCCAAGAUGAAUGGGGUAGUUGAGGCUGCUAAUAAGUGUAGAUACAAUUGGCUUUGA